UUUUCUUCUCAUAAAUAAGUUCCCAAGAUCUCUACAGCCUCUUACAAUACAUCAGACUAGUGACAUAAUUGUGGCAGCUCUUUCAUGCCUUGGGCUGAUGUGUGAUGGCUGCCUCUACCUUAAUGGCCAAAAUUAUUGCAGCUCCUGUGCCAGAUACUUUCUGAUCCAUAUCCUGCUAAUUUUUCCAGUGAUCAUCAGCCAUUUUUCAGUUUAUGGCAUUUGCAUUAAACAUAUUCAAGAUUCAAAUGAAAAGUUCUCUGGAGUGGGAGCUUUACAACGCACUAGCACAAUGAUAUGGACAGCAACAGCCUGGCUUAUAGCACUAUUAUUCACAAUGAUACUAUGGAAUGGUACAGAAAAUUUUCUUGGACCUAUGGCUCCCAACAACACAUCUCUCACAAUGCAAAAUGAAACCCGUCAAAGCAGAGGAAUAGUGGAUAACCUCUGGCAAUACAACAGCAAUGAGGAUUGGUCAAGUGAUUAUCGUGAAAGUGUCAUCAUUGGCCUCAUCUAUGGCAUUGUGCAAGGAAACAUUACUCACAAAGAACUCCAGCAAUUUCAUGGUAUUUCCAAGAAUGAUGGAUGGACAAAUCAAAGCAAAAACACUAUUCAAGACUUCCAUACAAGUCUUGGUAUAUCAGAAAAAGAACAGAGUAAGAUUUUCAACUAUGAAAAAAAUAAUGUGAACAAUAAAAAUAACCCACCAGUAAAUAUAAGCAGUGCUCAAAGUUUUGAUAAAAUACUUUCCAUCCCUUACCCAACUAAACAUGAAAAUGAUACACAGGAAAUAGAAAAUCCAUUUCAUAAACUAUAUAAUCAAGUGUACUUAACAGGUUCAACAAUAAAUCCAUUGACUGCUUUGCACAGAGACAACUCUGAAUCUGAACCUUUCAGUUUUGAAGAAAGAACAGAAGCAGAUGAAUUCACUAAUAUUGAGCCAGUACUGAAUGACACAUCUAAUUCAACACAAGAAAAUGUAUUUCUGGCAUCAACAGUUCAUGAAAAUAUGGGAGAAAAUUUAUCAAAAGCCAAUACAAGUAUUCUAUAUCACAAUUACUGUGUAGCUGACUCUGCCAUCAAAAUAUGUAAAAUCCAGGUAUUUGCAAAAUACAUUUCAUUCAUGAUAUGCUAGAUAGCAAGACAGCAAGAGGUUUUCUGUGACAGGUUUUGACUCAAUUUUGUCGUCAAUAUUUGUAAGGAAACUCCCACAAGCUAAGAUGAUAUUUAACAUUAAGUUGCAGCCCAUCUUGUGGACAGUAAUGCUGGUGAUGGUGAUGGUGGUGGUGCCUAUCCUGGCUGGAGCUACACUGGUGCUUGGUGCAGCUGUGAAUCAUCACUUCCACCAGUCAUCAGUCACUGCACACUCACAAGCCUACUUCUCACUCCCCAGGAAAGUCAGAUAUAAGGUGAUGGUCUUAUUCAUCACUACUAUGGCUUGCUGGACUCCUGUUAUGAUUGAGCGUGUUCUGUAUGCCUGGCUACAAGUGAAUCAGCCGUCCUCUGUGCCAACCUCUCUCCUGCUCUUCCUGCUUCUCCUUGGGCACAUGCAAAAUCUCCUAAGAGCAGUGUUCUACAUCUCCCACCACCGAAAUGAGCAAGCAAGAGUGUCUGUCCUUCCCAGCUCAGAAGGUUCCCUAAGCAGCCAGUCAAACACCCCACCUCGUGCAAGAGUGACCUUUGUUGUAUCCUGAUAUACUGCCAUCAUGCAAGAAUGUCCUUAAUUGUAUCUUAUUAUGGGAAUUCACACCAGUGAUCCUCUUUAAUUUGUUCUGAAAUGUCAACCAUUAGUACCUAUAUCUGCUCUUUGACAAACAAUCAGCAAACAAUGUAGCAAAAACCAUAAUCUCAUAAUCUAUUGCUAAGGCUUGAUUUUCAGCUUCUAUCACUUAUUUCAGACAAUCAACCCACUAACUUUAUUCUUAUUAACAUACUUUGGCCUGUAUUUUUAGAUCUGUUUCUCAGCAAAGUACAUAUCAGUUAUCUUAAUAGGAUAAAAAUCAUCAAACCCUGAUAAACAUGUUUUAGCUCGUAAAUAAAUUAU